AUAUACACAACGAACACUCCGUUUCUCUCUCUACGACCAAAUAUCCGAUUAACCCCUCUCAUAUUUUCCCUACCUUCACUGUCCUCCUGGGAAGAAAUAGACGGACGGAUAGCCCACAGAACGCACGCGCUACCUUUUCUCUCUCUACGACCUUCCCCUUACCUAUUCGCCGUCCCUCUCUCCUGCUGCCCUCCCCCCGCCGCCGCCCUACGGCCCACCCCGCCGACGCGCCACCUCCGUAUCUCUCUUCCCCGCCUACGCGGGCGGCGGAUCUCCGGAUCCGCGCGGGGGAGGGAGAUCUGGAUUGGAUGGUCCUCUCCGGCCGCGGCUAGUCCGGCCUGAUCUGAUCCGACCCGUCCCGGCGGCGCAGUCCGGGCAGGUUGUCUGGGAAAUUUCGGACUCGGGCGGUGUUGAUCCCGGGGAGAGGUCGUGCCUCGCUCGAUCUCCGCAUAAAAGCUGUGAUUUUGUGGCGGCGCGGCUGCGAGUUACCGGGAUUUUCCCAGGGUUUCCGGCGGCCGAUCCGCGCUAGUUACGCUAUUCUGUUCCGUCAGGGCGGCCUCGUGUUGGGGGCUCGUUUAUUUGCCGCGUCCCGGAGGAGGGUUUUGUGUUCUUCUGUCGUUGGCUCCAUGGCCAGCGGCUCUGAUGCCCCGAAGCAGUAUGGAAUAACCAAGCCGUUGUCGUUGCUCGGACCGGUGGAGGCCGACCUCCAGAGGACGGAGGAGCUAGAGAAGUUCUUGCUCGAGUCGGGUCUCUAUGAGAGCCCUGACGAAUCUGCUAGGCGGGAGGAGGUGCUGGGGAAGCUUGACCAGAUUGUAAAAGACUGGGUAAAACAAUUGACUAGUCAGAGAGGAUACACUGAUCAAAUGGUUGAAGAGGCAAAUGCUGUACUCUUCACCUUUGGCUCAUACCGUCUUGGGGUUCAUGGACCUGGAGCUGAUAUUGAUACCCUCUGUGUUGGACCUUCAUAUGUGAACCGUGAGGAAGAUUUUUUUAUUGUACUGCAUGGGAUAUUAGCACAAACAGAGGAUGUGACCGAGCUGCAGCCUGUACCUGAUGCACAUGUCCCUGUUAUGAAAUUCAAGUUCCAUGGAAUAUCUAUUGACCUUCUUUAUGCCAGUGUCUCCCUCUUAGUAGUACCAGCUGACUUGGAUAUCUCCCAAGGAUCAGUGCUUUAUGAUGUUGAUGAAGCUACUGUCCGUAGUCUUAAUGGGUGCAGAGUAGCAGACCAAAUCAUUAGACUUGUUCCAAAUUUUGAGAAUUUUCGCACGGCAUUAAGAUGUUUGAAGUACUGGGCAAAAAGGAGAGGUGUUUACUCUAAUGUUACUGGCUUUCUUGGUGGUGUCAACUGGGCUUUACUGGUUGCGCGUGUCUGCCAGCUCUAUCCCAAUGCUGUGCCAAGUAUGCUGGUCUCACGGUUUUUUAGAGUUUUUACACAAUGGCAGUGGCCAAACCCGGUUAUGCUUUGUUCUAUAGAAGAGGAAGAACUUGGUUUCCCUGUUUGGGAUCCACGCAAAAAUCCUCGAGAUAGAUGUCAUCAUAUGCCUAUUAUAACCCCUGCGUACCCAUGCAUGAAUUCAAGCUAUAAUGUUUCCACAAGCACACUGAGGGUUAUGUUGGAACAAUUCCAGUUUGGUAAUAGAAUUUGCCAGGAAAUUGAAAUGAAUAAGACCAGCUGGCCUGCUCUGUUUGAGCCUUUUCAAUUUUUUGAAGCAUACAAGAAUUAUCUACAGGUUGACAUCAUUGCUGAGGAUGAUGAAGACCUUAGGCUUUGGAAAGGAUGGGUUGAAUCUCGAUUGCGGCAACUAACUUUGAAGAUUGAACGUGAUACAUAUGGAAUGCUACAGUGUCAUCCUUACCCACAUGAAUAUGCAGACCCUUCUAGGCAGUGUGCUCAUUGUGCUUUCUUCAUGGGCUUGUCAAGGAAAGAAGGUGUGAAAAUACAGGAAGGACAACAGUUCGAUAUUCGAGGAACGGUGGAUGAGUUCAGGCAUGAAAUCAACAUGUAUAUGUUCUGGAAGCCUGGGAUGGAGUUAGCUGUUUCUCAUGUUCGUAGGAAGCAGGUCCCAGCUUAUGUGUUUCCAGAGGGUUAUAAAAGACCUCGCCCUUCAAGACAUGUGAACCAUCAGUCUGAUAAAAAUGACACUGAAGAUGGCACAGCGACCAGGUCUCCAGACAGUCAACUGAAGAGAAAGCAUGAUUCUGUUGGAACUGAUGAUAUCAGGUAUGCAAAGAGGUCAUCGACCAGCCCAGUUCAUCCGAAAAAUUCACCUCAAUCUGGAAGCACUGGCGAUGAGACUAGAUGUAACAACCAAAUAAAAAGGGCUCCUAGCGAUGCAAGUGGUGGCAGUCCGGCUUCACCUCAGGCAUCAGAGAGAAGCCCAGAUACUAUUCUGUCUGCCCCUAGGUGCACGACAACAGGAGCAGUGUGUUCUGGUGAUGCAAUUAGUAAGCAUAGUAGUGUUCCUCUUGUUGAGAACUGCACCACUCCGACUGUAGCAGUGUGCACAACUUUGAAGCGCGUAGCUGAGAAAGUUGUUUCAGAGCUAGUUGGAAGUGAAAGGCUGGGGAGCAACAACAGUGCGGAAUUGUUGGAGAGUAUGGAAAAGGAGGAUGUCCUUGCUGAAAAUGUUCGUUUUGGCGGGAAUGGAGUUGCGCAAGGUGGCCUUCCAGAAGAGUUAGAGCCAAACAAUAGGAUUGAAGCGGUUUCUUGAGCUGAUGCAGGUAUGAACAAGUGUACAUUGUGGAAGUCGUCACUGAGGCAUGGUCUUGAACUCAUCCCUUGUGCAUUCGGUAUCUACAUUGCCCUGUUUUCUUUAUACUCGGCUGUUUGGUAUUUGUGUGCUGCUUUAUGGCAGGGUUAGUGGCAUCAACCACACAAGAUUGGGGAAAAAAUGGUGUAGAGAUGGAUAAGUUCUACCCCCUUGCUGGAGGGAAUGGUAAGUAGCUCAACUCACAAGUUUCCUUCUGGACACAGAUUCGCAAUUACGGGGGUUUCUAUGAUGAUGGAUGAUGGGAGAUUAUCGGAUAUCAUGUCUUGCACAACGGCAUGGCAAAAAAAAAACGACGAAGAAGAUUUUGUGGAAGGCCAUGGUCGAAUGUCAUGUCUUGCUGGUACACUCUAGAUGAGCAUGAACCUUAAGUUUUCGUUUUUUUUUAACUUGUUGAGCAGCUGACUCUUGUGUAUGAACUGAGCUGCAGCGGGCUUCCCUGAGUUGACUUGUUUGGGUCUGAGAUGCUUCUGCCAUGUUCUAGGUCUAGAAUAGAACUAGAUGCGGUGGUGUGUUCUCUACCCUAAGUCCCCUUUUGUGCCCUUUCCUUCUGUAAUAUAAGAUCUUUGACUGUUUCUUGUGUG